AUGACCACCUCGGAUCCCCUCUCCAUCCCCUCCCUCUCCCUGAUCUCGACCUUCACCUCCCCCAAACGCGACAGCAUCCUCCCUCACCUCCACCACAACCACCACCACCACAGCACCUCCAUCUUUGACCCCUCCUACCUCCUCUCCCGCACGCGCUGGAUCCGCGACAUCCUGGACCCGCUCAUCGCGCGCCAAGGGCCCGAAGCGCUCUCCAGCUCGGAGAUCCUGCACCUCGACGACUUCCUGCGCACGCUCCUCUCCGCGGACCUCCCCCAGGCCGAUCUCCGCUACAGCCGCCUGCACCUCGCCGUCGAGGCCAUCUCCGGCGGCGCCACGAGGUGGCCUUCUGGGCUCGUCGAGCGCUGCGACUUGCUCCGGGAGAGCUGGGAGGGUCGAUAUGGGGCUCCGUUGAAGGGCUGGGGCACCCUCUUGUACGAGGGCGAUGGGGCCCGGUUGGGCGGGGUCUGUCGGCCCGCGGACGUCACCCGCGAGCAUCUCCUGCUGAGGUGGUUGAGGCAGCCGGACGCGAAGCUGAACCCGGCGCAGUCGAGGCGAUGUGGGGAUUUGGGGUUCGUGCCGGGAGAUUGGUGGAUCAGUCCGCUCUUCGCUCUCCGAGCCGGCAUCAUCGACCGGACGACCCUGGACGGAGGCAUCGUCGCCGACUCCCGCGGAGCCUAUGCCAUCGUCAUGACCGACGACGAUGAGAUCCCGGAUGCCAUUCCAUACACGUUCCAGUAUCGCACCAGGAACGCCGAUCCAGGCCGUUACCGCCUCACGUCUGGCGCGGUCGAUUCGCAUAAUCCCGUGCGUGUCUUGCGGUGCCAUACCUUACACGGCUUUUGGAGACCGAGAGCUGGGAUUCGAUAUGACGGGCUACAUGAAGUCAGCGGCUGGUCAAUCCAGGGUGGGCCGAGGAGCGAAGAUGUGACGUAUAUCGUCCGCUUCCGGCGUUUAUCGACGGAGAACGACAUGAGCUUGGUCCUGUGUCGGCCUUGGUCCGAUGAGGCGGAGGAUUAUGUCGAGUAUAAACGCAUCCGGCGCGAGGAGCGGAUGAGGCAGGGCCUCGGGGCUCAUGUUGGACGUAUUGACGGAGCUGGGGAAGAACGUCUGGAUGAUGAUGGGUGA